UCUACUCACAUCACAUCGGUGGUUCCCAAAAUUAAAUCAAUCGUUUGACUAUUUCGUAACAUGAUCCAAAUACGAAAAAAAUUCGCGAAGGAAACCUAGUAUAAAGAUGAAAUUCCUCAAUUACAAAUGUGGUAUUCAAUACACGUACGCUUUAAUAAAUACCACAUACACCUAAAGUACCUACGUAUUGUCUUACUUAACAUAGGUUUCCUGGUUUUUGAACCGAGUUAAUUCGCGCGACGAUUAUUGUCUGCGUUCGGUGUCCGCGGAUUUUACGGUGUACGAUUUCGACCGCUUCGUUACUUUCGUGUCAAUGGGCCAUAACCAAGAGUAAUAGGAAAAAGAUCACUUUUACAUAAAACACGUCUAAUUAUACGCAGACUGUUGACCACAUUGCGAAAAAAACUACCAAGGUGUAAUUUCUGGUAGGUACUCGGUACCAUGAUGUAAUUUUAAUUCCAAAUGAUACGCUUUGGCAUUAGUAUGGUGUGUUUGGUGUGCGAUUUUAGACGUGAACUCGAAUUUGCUCUGAUGAUGGCAUCUGCCGAAAUGUUCCGGGAUAUGUAUUUACGAAUUUUUUCAGUGUCGUGAAUUUUUUUCUGGCCUAUAAAUUGGUGAAAUGUGUCGCGAAAGGAGUUUUUGCAAUAUGUAGGAAACUGAAACUUGCCCAAAAUCAUAACCCACAAUUGGCAAAAUAUGGAGGAAAACUUGAAAAUGCUGGCAUUAAUUUUCAUCUUACUGACUAGUACUCCAGUUUCGGUGAUUACGCAACAGGACAUGCUGAGCAUCAUCGUUUACAACCCUUUAAGCGGUGGAGUAUUCCCGGUCACUUCAUCUUUGGUUUACUCACACAGUCACGAAGAAGCGAUCCUGUUCGACGCUCAGUUCAGUACUAAAGAUGGUCAAAACCUAGAAGUGCUCAUCAAAAGAAGCGGUAAACGUCUAAAACGAAUCAUCAUCACUUGCGGCGACCCGGACUUCUAUUUCGGUCUGGAACCUGUGAGGAAAGCUUACCCACACGUCGAAGUUGUAUCAUCACCUAAGGUGGCAACUCGUAUUCGAGAUACCAAAGACGCCAAACUCAUGUUAUGGGCUCCUAUGUUGAAAGACGGUGCACCGAGUGAACUGUACGUGCCAAAUAUCACUCUAAAAACCACAUUCACAAUCGGUGGUCAACCGCUGGAGUUACGUAGUCGUGAUAAUUACGCGGCCUAUAUUUGGAUACCGCGAAGUAGAGUGAUUUUAGGAGGCACUGGGAUCGGCUGGGGGUUCCAUGUUUUCACAGCUGAUACCCAGACCCCGGAAAUUCGCGCGUCUUGGCGUCAAGUGCUGCAGGAAAUGCUCGAUCUCAAGCCAGAGGUGGUGAUUCCGGGGCAUUAUGUGGGUGACAGGCCACCCGGCGAUGAAGCUAUCAAAUUUACAUUGCAGUAUUUGGAGAUUUUCGAAGAAGUACUCGAGGCGAAUGAUUAUAAAAAUUCGACGGCUGUGAUCGUUACGAUGAAGGCUUUGUAUCCGGGUCUUGGAUUGGAAGGCUCGUUGGAGCUUAGUGCCAAAGUCAAUACGGGUGAAAUGAAGUUUUGAAAAUUGGUGAAAUUAAACGUGAAUGAUACUCGGGCCGAGGUAAAUGAAAAUCGAUAAUUUCUGAGCAGAUUAAUGCGACGAACGAAGUAUCUAAUGAUGAGAUAAAAGAGACAAGUGUUGAUAACAGCUCUCUGCGCGACAGUUGAAUAGAAUUUUAGUGUUUUGAAAAUUUGUCAAAAUAAUUUUUAUUUAGUAAAACGAGUGUUUUUCGAUUUGAGAAUAAUUUUUUUCUGAAAUGUUUACUGGCCUAUCUUUGGAUUCGAUAUCGCUUUUUUUCGUCAUAGUCAAAAUUGAAGCCCGCGGAGAGGUGAUCUAAGUUCAAAAUUUCUAAAAAUAUAUAAUUGGUAUUUGUAGGUUUUCAAAGACACAUCCUGUGAUUCUAAAGUUUAUUUGACUUCAAAAACAAAAUUUCCAUAGUCUCACAAAAAAGGGCUCAAGCUUAAAAUUCCAAAAAAUGAGGUCAAUGUUGGUUGGGGGGAGGGCAAACGGAAUUCAGAAUUGGAAUCCGCUCCCUCGAAGAUCUACAUUUCGAUUACCCUCAUCUUGUAUUUUUCAAAAUUUUGCUUCUCAAGCUUUAGGGUCAGAUAGAUCUCUGAAUUGAAAUAAUCAGUGCGAUCGAAAAAUUCUUCCAAGAGCCCCGAGGGGGGGGGCAUGGCUCAGAAUUUAGAAAAAUAAUAAAUUGCAUUAAACUACAGAUUUUUGAAGGCACUGUUUCUGAUUCAGUGCUCGAUUUGGCAUCAAAAUUAAGCUUCCAAGAGCACUACAAGAAGAUUUGUGGUCCAAAUCCCAAUAAAUAUUGAAGAAUGCAUCAAAUCAAAGGUAUUGAAAUAAUUCUGGAACCUUGUUUGUUCUCCAAAUCGAAAAUGAUGGAAGGGAAUAGCUAAAUUUUGAUUUUGGGCCAUACUUUCAAAUUUCAGAAUAAAAAUCAGCAGCUUUGAAAUGCAUUUUUCAAAAUUUUGGUUCCCAAGCCAUUUUUUAGGCGACUCAAUCAACUCAUUUAGGUAA